AUGUCGACGAUCUUCGCUCCCGCCCCGGAGCCCGCCACCGAGCUUGGUCGCUACCGCAUCCUUUCCUCGACGGCCGGUAUUCGCGUAUCCCCACUCCAGCUAGGAGCAAUGUCCGUCGGAGACGCAUGGUCCAGCUUCAUGGGAUCAAUGGACAAAGAAUCCUCCUUCAAACUACUAGACGCAUUCGUCGCAGCCGGUGGUAAUUUCAUCGACACAGCAAAUAACUACCAAGACGAACAAUCCGAGAAAUGGCUCGGAGAAUGGAUGACUGCCCGCAAGAAUCGCGAUCAGAUGGUUAUUGCAACCAAAUUCACCACCGACUAUAAAUCCUACGCCCUGGGCAAAGGAAAUGUCCCAAAUCAUUGCGGUAAUCACCGUCGCAGUCUGAAUAUCUCGCUCCGCGACUCACUACAUAAGUUGCAGACGGAUUAUAUUGAUAUUCUCUAUCUGCAUUGGUGGGAUCAUACUACCUCUAUCAAGGAGGUUAUGGAUAGUUUGCAUAUGCUGGUUGAGUCGGGGAAGGUUAUGUACCUGGGUAUCUCUGACUCGCCUGCGUGGGUGGUUGCCGCGGCCAACACCUACGCUAUUGAGCAGGGGAAGACGCCAUUUAGCAUUUACCAAGGUCGAUGGAAUGUCAUGCUGCGUGAUUUUGAACGGGAUAUUAUCCCAAUGGCCCGUCACUUUGGUAUGGCUCUUGCCCCUUGGGACGCUAUAGGUAGCGGCAAAUUCCAGACGAAGAAAUCUCUAGCAGAGCGGGCAAAGAAGGGAGAAGGACUGCGCAGUUUGACGGGUGAUGGAUCGCAAACGGAGGAUGAAGUCCGGAUGAGUGAGGCUCUGGCCAAGGUUGCUGAAGAACAUGGUAUUGAGUCUGUCACUGCUAUUGCACUCGCCUAUGUGAUGGCUAAAGCGCCGAAUGUUUUUCCCUUGGUGGGUGGUCGCAAGGUUGAAUAUCUUCAUGAUAAUAUUCAGGCGUUGAAGAUCAAAUUGUCGCAAGAGCAGAUUGAUUACUUGGAGAGUGUGAGACCGUUUGAGAUUGGGUUCCCUAAUAAUUUUAUUGGGGUUGAUCCUAGGGUGACGGGUCGUGCGACUGGAUUGUUGGCAGCGAAUGCGCAGUUUGCUUUUGUGCCGGCUCCGAAGCCUAUUACCCCGGCGUAG